UUAGAAGAUAACAACAAUAGAAAAAGUGUGUCAAGGAAAUAAACUCAGUUCCCAACUCUACUCCAAAAAUAAGUUUUACAGAUUUUGUCAUAAAAUACAUCGUUUGUUUUUGUGCUGGGCUGUUGCUAUAUGUGUAAUUAACAUCAUUUUUCGAAACGCCAACAUUAAAAUUCGACCCACCAUCUAUCGACGCGUAGCUUUACGCAACUAUAUAAUACUAAAUAGAACAGCAGCAGCAGCAGGCAACAUCUUCGCCGCCGCCGCCGCAGCAGCAGCAGCAGAAACAACAACAAUAAAUUCAUAUAGUAACAAUCAUGGCGAAUAUGGCUGUUUCGCGCAUCAAGCGGGAAUUCAAAGAAGUAAUGCGGAGUGAGGAGAUUGUGCAGUGUUCAAUAAAAAUUGAGCUCGUUAAUGACAGCUGGACAGAAUUGCGCGGCGAGAUUGCCGGACCGCCAGACACACCAUAUGAGGGCGGAAAAUUUGUGCUGGAAAUCAAAGUACCCGAAACAUAUCCUUUUAAUCCGCCAAAGGUUCGCUUUAUAACACGCAUCUGGCAUCCCAAUAUCUCAUCGGUGACCGGCGCAAUUUGUCUGGACAUACUCAAGGAUAAUUGGGCCGCAGCCAUGACAUUGCGUACCGUUCUCUUAUCUCUACAGGCGCUGCUGGCUGCCGCUGAACCAGAUGAUCCCCAGGACGCUGUAGUCGCCUAUCAGUUCAAGGAUAAACACGAACUAUUUCUAAUGACCGCCAAGCACUGGACAAACGCCUAUGCAGGUGGUCCGCACACGUUUCCCGAUUGUGAUUCCAAAAUACAGCGGCUUAAGGAUAUGGGCAUUGAGGAGCACGAUGCGCGCGCUGUCCUGUCUAAAGAGAAUUGGAAUUUGGAGAAGGCCACCGAGUGCCUAUUCAGUUAGCUUCGCGCCAAUUACUUUUUCGCCAUGCAACCAACCAAUCAAUCAACUGGCAGGUCAACACUAGCACUUUGCAAUUUCACCAACAACACCAGAAGCCACAAACAAUGAGCUAAAUUAAAAUCCAACGAUCAUCGAAAACAAACAUAAAGAGGCAAAAUUUUAGUAGCGACGAUGCGUUUCGUUUAAGACCCUCACCACCAACACCACCUGCAACAACAAUAAAACAGCAGCAACAAAAGAAAGAAAGAAAACAAUAGGAAAAGAAAAUCACGACCCACAAUCAGCUACUAAAGAGCAUUCGGCACAACAUUUGUAGCUUUGUUAUAGCAGCAACAAAACAGCGUCGCAUUCGUUCCAAUUAAUCAAAUUCAAGCCGUUCUAUAUGCAUACAUACAGAUAUAUAUAUACAUAUAUUUAUGCCCCUAUUUUGUUCCAAAUUUAUUUGCUGUGUUAAAUUUAAGUUUUCUUAAAGAAAAAAAUCCCCAAAAAAAACUAAAA